GUUAUGUACAGCAAGUGUUUUCUUGCCGUCUGCAUAUCGUACAUUAUAAUGCCCUUCAUGGCAACGAGUGCCGUUGUGGUGCGAAACCGUCGCAACCAGACGGGCGAACAGGAGGAGUAUGUGAUGCCCACUGAGAUGAAGUCAGUAACGCUAAUUGCUAACCUAUUCCAUUGGAAAGAAUUUUUUAAUUUAAGAAACCACGUUCACUCUAUUUUCGACACAGUUUCUACUACCUGGAUAUUCGCUUCAAUCUACUUCACUAUUCGCUUUACUUUGGUGCUGUGAGUGGACUAAGCGUAAUAGGAUCGCUGGCACUGUGCACUAAGGACGUCAUGGAUUUUUCACUCAUUCGUACGGCAUCGAUGCUGUUUCAAGCUACCGCCCAGCAAAUUCGGAACCUACCGCCAGGCGCAUCGCAGGCCAAGCUCAAAGCCAUCAUUCAUUCACACCGUUCCACCCUGAAAUGUGCAGCACAGCUGCAGAAUGCGCUUAAUCCCGCACUGCUCAUACAGAUCACAUUCUGCACCGCCAUUUGGUGCCUCAUGCUGUUCUACAUACUUCUGCUGGGAUUCACCUCCAAAGUGAUGAAUGUAUGUUUACUGCUUCUGGUACUAACUUGCGAAACGUACUCCUACUGUCAGCUUGGGACACAGUUCACCUCAAACGCAGAGGAAGUGCUCGAUGAAUUACAGCAACUUGCCUGGUACGAUCAAUCCAUACCAAUACAGAAACAAAUUUACUUCAUGAUUCAUCGCUCCCAGACGCGUAUCGAGCUGACAGCUGGGAAGCUUUUCCCCGUCAACAUUGCGCAGUUUAGUGAGAUUGUUAAAAAAUCAUACUCAUACUAUCUUGUCCUAAAGGAUGUCUUCUAA